CACAAAAGUCUGCUGGCAGCAAUCAUCUUUAAGCCAAAUUAACUAAAAAUCUCAACAAAAUCGUUAUAAACUAUUGCAUACAACUAUCAUCAAACUUUUCCGAUAUUCAAUUUUUGUGUUAUUGACUGAUACAAAGAAAAAGACCAACUUCGUUAAGGAAAAGCAAUUCUCUCACACAGCAAAGUAUAUUAUAAAAUUAAUAAACGAGUAUAAAGUAAUUCAUUUUUAUUAAAACAUCAAUUUGUUUUGGGUAAAUGUGCGCUAGUUAGAAUCAUAUAUAUAUACACGUAUAUAUACAUAGUCGAAUAACAUUUGAAUACCUUCGUCGGUGAGUGUCUAGCCAAUCAAUCUAUAGCCUAUAGGAACCAUAUAUACCACAAGGUUUUAUACUGAAUUUAUAGAAUUUUGGGUAAAGGGCGCAGUGCGCAUUCAAAGCCCCAUCAAAGCAUCAAACACCAAACUCAAAUAAAACAUAACAAAAAUACCAUAAGCAAGUGUUUUUUUGUCGCAAAUAAAUAAAUUUACAUAUUUACACAUAAAUGAAGGAAGUUAAGCAAAAGUAAUAUUAAAAUGAAGACUUAAAUUUCUCAAAGAAAUAAAUAUUUAUACAAGAACAAGCGAAGAUUAAGAACAAGCAGAAAAAAAAACGGACUUCCAACGAUUUCAAAAUACGACGAAAUAUUUUUAGAGCAAAGGCCCUGCAACAAACUAUGAUAACAAAAAUUAUGCAAAUCGGUUAACAAAAUAUUUGCCAAAUCUAUGAAUCAAAAACAAAAAACUUUAAACGGAAUAAACGCAAACUUAAUGAGAAAUCCAACGGCGAGCUACAAGAAUUUAUACUAAAACAAGGAAAGGACGAAAUAAAGGAGAAGGACAAGUGCAAAGACGGAUUUAGGGGAAAAGAGUGGGGAAACGAGGUCAACGGAGAUCAGCUGAAAAGUGAUAUUUUAUAAAACCGAAAAUAUCAGUUAAGGACAACGACUUAUAAGAUUGAGUGAAAACGAGCGAGCAAUCGAACAGCCAUCAUUUAUCAGAAAAAAAGACACGGAUCACCGGAAAAGAGGGAGAUUUUUUAACUGCAGACGGAAAAGCAAGGAAAAAGGAGUCGAAAAUAAAACGGAGGGGAAGUCAACAAAAACCAAACACCACCAAAUAAAACCAACUACUAUUAAUUUAAAGCAAACAUAAACGAAUAAUCAUAUUCAAGCGGUAUAUAUAUACAAGAGGAUAACGGAUAACACAACUAACUAUAUAUAUACGAUAUAUGAAUGUAUAUUUGAAAACCAAAGCUAAGUUCCAGUCAAAGAAAAACAAAAAACCAGCGCAAAUUUAGUAAAAGUAUAAUAAAAGGAAAAACCAAAUUAUUGCUAUCUUUUUGCAUUUUUGCAAUUUUAUAAAAAGUAUAACAAAGAAAAGGAAAAAGAAAACCCAAAAACUACAACUAAAGAUCAUAAUAAACUUUAACAUUCGGAGAAGCAAAAAAAAAAGAACAAGUAAACACAUUUAGCAAAAUUUACUCUUUUAUCUAAACGAAAACAAAAACAAAAAAACAAAAAGAUCAAAGUAAAAUUUAAUUCAAGCAUAAAUUAAAUUUUAAACGUUUUAGACAGAGAACGCUCUAAACUUAAAAAGCAAAUACAUUUUUUUCGCGAUCGUAGUUGAUCUAAAACCCCCAACAAAUCGAAACAAAAAUCAGCGGCAAAUAAAAAACCAAAAAAGAAUUCAAGCGGGACUUGUGCAAAGCGCAAUCGCAUAUAAAACAAAAGGUUAAAAAAGCCCCCGAAUCAAGCAACCGAGCAGUGAGAUUAACUACUAACCGAAAGGACUUAACCAGGAGCAAGGAUCAGGAUGACCAACGCCAUGGACAUCGUGAAGAACGGCAGUGCCAACGGCUCCGUCGACGGCAGCAAUGAUGAGUCGCGCACCAAUUUGAUCGUCAACUAUCUGCCGCAAACCAUGACGCAGGAGGAGAUGCGAUCGCUCUUCUCCAGCAUCGGUGAGCUCGAGAGUUGCAAACUGGUGCGUGAUAAAGUCUCAGGUAAUUUGGUCUUGCCAGCAUCGUUGACCGCUCUCAACCCGGCACUGCAGCAAGGUCAGAGUCUGGGCUAUGGCUUUGUUAAUUACGUUCGGGCCGAGGAUGCUGAGAAGGCUGUGAACACCCUGAACGGUCUGCGUUUGCAGAAUAAGGUUAUUAAAGUAUCAUACGCCCGUCCAAGCUCAGAAUCUAUUAAGGGUGCUAAUUUAUAUGUAUCGGGUCUUCCGAAAAAUCUAUCACAACCAGACUUGGAGGGGAUGUUUGCUUCGUUCGGCAAAAUAAUUACUUCUCGUAUACUCUGUGAUAAUAUUUCUGGUCUAUCAAAGGGCGUCGGUUUUAUCCGUUUCGAUCAGCGCAACGAAGCCGAGCGGGCCAUCCAGGAGCUAAAUGGCAAGACACCGAAGGGUUAUGCCGAACCGAUCACCGUCAAGUUCGCCAAUAAUCCCAGCAAUAGCGCCAAGGCCCAGAUCGCCCCGCCCCUUACCGCCUACUUAACCCCACAGGCGGCAGCGGCCACCCGACGUUUGGCCGGAGCUCUGCCCUCCGCCGGUCGCAUAAGGUACUCACCGCUGGCCGGAGACCUGUUGGCCAACUCGAUUUUGCCGGGGAACGCAAUGACCGGAUCGGGCUGGUGUAUAUUCGUAUAUAAUCUGGCUCCCGAGACCGAGGAGAAUGUGCUGUGGCAGCUGUUUGGACCCUUCGGGGCCGUGCAAUCGGUGAAGGUGAUCAGGGAUCUGCAGACCAGCAAGUGCAAGGGAUUCGGAUUCGUGACAAUGACCAACUACGACGAGGCCGUGGUGGCCAUCCAAUCGCUCAAUGGAUAUACCCUGGGCAAUCGGGUGCUCCAGGUCAGCUUUAAGACUAACAAGACCAAGACCACUUAGGCGAACGCGCCAUCCUGGGCUCGACCUCUCCAAUACUCCAUGAUCUGUUUGAUUUGACGAACCUAGACUAUAGAUAUCGAUCCGAUGUGACAGCGUAGUCGAAAUUGCGAACAAAAACAAAAAUUAGCGCGAGUUUAUGAUCUCUAUCAUUUGAUUUGUACGCUAAACGAAAUUAUUAUGAUUGUAAUUCUAACGAAAUCUUAGUGAAAAUUGAUUUAUUUCCAUCUGUAUAAUUUAAUUCUAUUAACUCUAAACCAAGAAACCAAAACAAAAACAAAAAAACAAAACAAAGCUUGAAUGAGGCAACCAAAAAACACAACACAGAAACUAAGGCAAACUUUAGAAAAAAAUGAUGAACAAGACGACAAACUGUCUAUAAAUUGACAAAAUGGGAAAUAUGAGAUGGUAUUAAGGUCAAAGGGAAAAACCAAAACCAAACAAAAAACGAAAAAUUAAAAAACCUCAAAAAUAUGAAUGAGAAAUGAAAAAUGAUGAAAAAAUGAUCUAAGUCGCAAUAUAUAGUAACUAUUUUUUUUUAAAACUUAUGUAUAUGUAAUUCAAUUCGAUUAUAUUCAAUUAAACAGAGUAUUUAAACAAGCUAACCAAAUGAUUUAAUGUCUACUGAUUUAAGAUUUACCAACAUUACUCUCUCAGCUUACCUAAGUACUUAUUAUAAUGAAUAUGCAUAAAUAUAUUGUAUUGUAUUGUAUUUUGUGUUCGUUUUGCAACCUUACCUUACAUUACAUUACAUUACAUUAAUUCUAGUGCUAUUCAGCUCUUAUAUUUAAUUCGAUUCGCCUUGAUUUACACUCGAAGACGAAACGAUAAUCGAAAAUCGAAGAUAAAGCCGCGAUAUAUCCUACAAACGUAACAACAACAAUGACCCCAGCACGUACACACUCACUCGUAACCAUUAUUAUAUAUAUGUAACCAGAUUUAAUUACCUUUUUUUCGUCGUCUAAGAUUCGUAUUCGUAUUCGUCAAGUGCAAACCAAAGUAAAUGAAACCAAGAAAACUUAUUAUAUUAUAUUACAUUAUAUAUUAUUACGCCUACUUAUUAUUCCAUUUUUAUAAUUAUUAUAACUUAUUGAAUGCAACCAAGCGAAACCAAACAAAACCAAACAAAAAAAACAUAACUACAACUAAAAAUAUAUAUUUAUUAUUAAAUAAAUGUGUGACUUAUUCCAAAAACUAUGCAAAAAAAAAAAAAAAAAAAAACACAAAAACUAAACACAAAAAUUUGUUUUCUUAUUUUUCUCCAAUAUCCACACAAACACCUAAACUAGAGCUGGCAAAACUUUGAUAGAUCAAUAGGUAGUAUCGAUUUUUUCUGCAAUCGCAAGAAAAGUUCUCACAAACCAAUGCUUCGAUAUGUUAAUUUUUUCCAAAUCGAUGGUUAGUUGAAUUUUCAAAACACUAAUAAACAAUCACCUUUCGAUAAUUUCGAUGUUUUCGAUAUCACUAUUAUAUUUUGUCGAUGUUUUGCCAGCUUUAACCUGUACCCACCUGAAAAUUGGCAAUAUUGCAGGCAAAACGCUUUCACAGUUGAAGUGAUCAUUGAAUAUUUGGAUUGGAUUGAAGAUAUAUCGAAUAUGGUCAGCUAAAAUCGGAACUUCAGCCGUGCAAGUCGCUUCACACAACAAACAACAAACACCAAACACACAACAACAGCACUCGCAUUUAAACAGAGAUAUUUAAAAUACGAACUAAGUUUAAACGCUCUUUGAAGUAUAACUAAGUUUUAACUAAGUUUUACGCCUAUAUAAAUAGAAAUCUAACUCCACACGAACUAUAUGUACGCGCAUCUAUAUAAAUUCAGACAAAUAGAUUGUUUAUUCGAUUUUCCAAUCCGAUACUCUUGUUUCCAAAUCAAAAUCCAAAUACAAAUCCAAGAUCAUUUAGUAGAGUCCACCAACAAUCAAUGUGUGUCUGUAGUUUAACUGAUGACGAGAAAAAACGAGUGGAUUGAAGAACAUUUUUUAAGAAGCAAACAUUUUUUUGGUGUACUUAGGGCUUAAGGGUCAGGCCACAUCUACAUGGCAAUCGGCCAUGAGGCGAAAAACACAAAAAAUAAUAAUAAAUACAACAAAAUGAAAAUGAAGAAGAAUAUACUUUAAACUAGGAAAAACCAAGUAAAACAAAAGAAGAAACUCAAGCUAAGAGGAAGUUGCGAGCGCAAGUUGAAAACACCAAAUUUUUAAAUAUAUAAUAUAAAUGAUGUAAAAUUUUUUAAACAAAGAUUUAUAGUAAAAUUUAUUAAAUUAUAUAUAUAUAUAUACACAUAUAUAUAUAUUAAGUAUGUAUAACGAUAUAUACAAAAUACACAAGGAUAAGAGAAUCAAGAGAAACCACUAUGGAAUCGCAAAAUUCAAUGGAAUAUGAGCAAGAUAAAAUGUGAAAUACAUUAAAAAAAUACCUAAAAUUACCUAAAAACGAAAAAUCAGCAGAAGACCGGAAGUCCUCGAAAGCAAACUGCUUGCAAAGAGUGCGCCCCGUUUACGGGCGGUGAAAGCAAGCAGUGAACCCCGCUGGGACUUGCCAAAAAGAGAUAAACAAACAAAUGAUCUUCAACCGACAGCUGAUUCGUUUUCCACUUCCCGGCGACUAGUUAACCUAUUCAAUACUCAAUAUGGCAUAUGGAAUAAUCAAGUAAUCAAGUAAUAUCCGCAAAAUAACCGCCGCAACGCUGCUGCGCAGGCGCGUGUGUCAUUCACAAAAGCAAUAUGGAGAUGUGGCGCGAGUUGGCUGUUUUGGCCCAUGCUGACUUACUAUAUAUAUACAUAUAUAUCGGACGGAGGGAGGCGAACGGAACGCAGUUGUACAAAUCGCAACUCAGCGACUCGGUCACAUUCAUUCACGGCACCUAUGCCGCCACUUACAAUUUACGAUUUACCCGAAAAAAACAAAAAAAAAAAAAAAAUAAAUAAAACACACACACACACACCCAUAUUAACCAAAGCAUAUUAGUUUUAAAACAGCUAAUGCAGCAAAACAAAAAACGAAAAACAGAAAUACGCAAAUUCACACACCAAUCAGUUGGCGGAGGUUCUUCGAUAUUAAUUUUAGUGAAAAAAAAGAAAAACAGCAGAAUGCUAAACUAAAAACUGAACCCAACAAUGAAAAUCAUCAACUAAGCAUGAAAUGCAUUUAAAAAUUAAAUACAACAAAUACAUAUUUAUAUAUAUAUAGAUGUACAUGUCUAUUUGUAUGGCCAGGAUAGUGAAAAAUAUGAAAUUAUAUAGCCCCGAUAACAGAAUUGAGAAAACCGUAACAGAGCAACACCAAAAACGAAGAAUUUGAACGUAAAAAAUAAACCGAAACAAAAUCAACUCGAAAGUGAAAGUGAAGCGACUUAGCAACGCCUCCCGAAGCUACACCCGAAAAUCAACUUCCAACAUUUUUAUUGAUAUACACUAAAAUCUAGAGACGUAAGGCGAUUUCAUCGAUACCAAAAUCUAAGCUAAGACGAAAUUGCAUGCAAGUUAAGCGAAUACGAAACUUCAAUUUAGUGUGUAAGCAUCAAGAAAAAUGCGACAAAAUAAGCAAAUUACUGAAAUAAGGGAAAACCAGGCCAAAAGCGGUGAAAGCCGGAAAUGAAAUAAAAAAGAAAUAGUCGCCUGAGGCAAAGGACACGGUAAGCAGUGCACGCAUGACACCAAAAGCAGUGCGGCACAAGCAGUCGAUGACUUUUUACAAGCAGUUGGCAGAGAUAAAAUUGCUUUAGAUAUUAAACGGAAAAAACAAUGUUAAAUGAUUUGCAAAAUUCGAUUAAUUAUUUAAAAAAUGAACUACUAUAAGAGACGACAAAAAAUAUACGUAGCCGCUUUGUCAGACGGAACGCGCCCAAACCAAUCUAACUAACUAAGUAAUAAAAACAAAAAAACAAAUAAAACAAAAAAUAAUUGCAAAAAUAUUUAAAUCAAUUUUGUGCAUAACAAAAUCGAUUACCGUUAUGCAUAUAUAUACAUAUAUGUAAGCCAACUAUAUAUAUAUGUGUGUGUACAAGAACAAGAUCACGAAUCAAAAAAAAAAAAAAAAAAAAUCAGAACUCCACUUCAAACUUAAUUAAUUAUUAUCCAUUUGAUUGUGUAUGCUAAUUAUUAUUGUCUAUAGCGUAUCAAACAAAUAUAUUUAUAUAUACUUUUCGUGCAAAUCCAAGGGCAAGACCUACGUACGCAUUACCCUUCGAUCGUACUUAUCCAAUUAGUUAACCAUAUACCGCAUACCCAUGUAUUUAUCUUACUUUAAAUAUACUUACUUACUCACAUUUCGAUAUUGUAUUCGUAGCCCCUGAGUAGAACUAUUUAUUCAAUUUAUUUGUACACCCAAGUCACAAAAUCCACAACCCAAAACCGCCCAGCAGCUAAAAAAAAUGCUCUUACCUAAGGUAUUGCAUUACUUAAGAAAUUUAUAAGGGGCCUGCAUGAAUCUGGAUAUGUUUAACCUAUACAAGUUUUUACAGAAAUAAAUUUUUAAUAAAAUUUUUCAUAAAAACGAUUUAAAAUAUUCGUAAUGCGUGGAAUUAUUUAACCACCUUCAUUUCAUUGUUUUAAAUAAAGUGAAAAUAUUCUAUACCAA